CGAGUCUUUAGUUAAUCUUUAACCUUCUUCCGAGUUGGUUUGGUCUCUUCCUUUUGUUGAACUUUUCUGUUUACCAAAAAUACGUUCUUGUUGUCUUUUCGUCGUCUUAAUCUGAGGAAGCCUCGAGCUUAUAUUGAAAUUGUAUCGUUAAAUUUACUUAUUUCCACUUCCGAGUUCUAUUCAUCUUCUUGGAUCCUCUUUGUUGAAAUUGUUUGAUUUUUUUGCUCUUUUUUUUCUUUUGACUUUCUCAUCGAAACCACCAUUACCUUAAAUACGAAAAUGUCUUCUCGAAGUUGUAGUUAUACCUCAUUUUGUUUAUUCGCCAUCACAAUCGCAGUGGCAACUGCCGCUGUUACCAUUCCAACUGCUCCAGUUGUCCGACAAUCUCGCCCUGUCCUCCAACCAGCGCCAAUAACCACAUCAUCAUCAUCAUUACCACCACAGAAACAACCUCAACCUCAACAACAAUCAGCUCCAAAAGUUAAGCCACAAACUAUUCCUGUUGGUGUUGUGAGACCAAAUGUCCAAGUAAAGCCACAAUUGGUACCACAACCCGCUCAACAGCCACAGUUAAGACAACCACUUCAGGUCGUUCCAUCACCAAUACCCCAACCAGAUGAAGAUGGUGAACCUUCAUCGCCCGAGGAAAUCUUAGAUGUGUAUUUUGAUUUCAUCAAGAACAACGAUGAAAACAAUUGCUUGAUGAGAUUAAUUUGCCAAAUUGGCUACAAUCGAACUGCUUUUGGUAAUUUCGGUGAACAAGUUGCCGGAUUUUUCACUGAAAUCGAAUCCAGUUCCGGGGCAGCAGCUCAAUACAGAACCGCUUUCCAAACCCAUAUGACCGAGCCCGAUGUCGCUAAAUGUGUCGACAAGUACCCGAACUGUCAAUAUGAGACACACGAUAUGAUUGAAGUUGGUAAUGAUUUGAUGACCAAAAAUUUAACAAAUCUUCAACUGGAUGAUGUUAAAAGAGGACCACCAGCCUGGAUUGGUCAGGCCAAUUAAGGUCCAACAACGAUUACAAUUAAUGUAAUUUAACUUUUCCAUUUUUAAAUAAACCGUUUCACUUUUUUUUACGAA